AACAGAGGCCACACCUCCACUAGCCGCAGAAGAAGACGGGCUGUUUUUGAAAAUCGGCCUCUGAUUGGCUGAGCCUGAGCGGAAGCGGUGGUUUAAACGCAGCGGCGGGAGCGUUAACAGAGCGACACGGAGAAGCAGCUAACGCAGCAAACGGAGCCAACACACGUACAAUGGCCUCUCAGAACAUGGAUCCUGCAGCAGCCUCGUCCACAGCAGCCCUGAAAGGCAACACCAGUGGUACCACCUCAGCUAAAGGAUCAGUCACCAAACGGCUGCAGCAGGAGCUGAUGACUCUAAUGAUGUCGGGUGAUAAAGGAAUAUCAGCAUUUCCAGAGUCGGAUAAUCUUUUUAAAUGGCGUGGAACCAUUGAGGGACCACGGGGGACGGUGUACGAGGGCUUGCAGUUCCGCCUCUCCUUGGAGUUCCCUGGUGGUUAUCCAUACCGGGCUCCUGACGUGAAGUUCGUCACUCCAUGUUUUCAUCCCAACGUGGACGAACAGGGCUUCAUCUGCCUCGACAUCCUGAAGGACAAGUGGUCGGCGUUGUACGACGUCCGCUCCAUCCUGCUGUCCAUCCAGAGCCUGCUGGGAGAGCCGAACAAUGAGAGUCCUCUGAACCCGACUGCUGCUGAACUUUGGGACAAUCAAGAAGCUUUUAGAGCUCACCUCCACUCGACCCUCCAGAAGUGACAACUUCACCUCCGUUUUUAUUUUCCUCUUCUGUGUCUUUGUCUCUUUGUACAAUAUUUUUAUGUUUAUUAAUCUUGUUGGUAAUGGAAUAAAGUUCUUAAAUGGA